AGGAGAAAAGCGCGGGGGUGGAGCAGAGCGGAGGUCAACCCGUCAUGCCUGCAGGCUCGCGGGGUCUCCUCUUCCCUUCCCGCUCACCUGGGCCGCAGAGGGGCCCACUCGGCAGGGGCGAUGCCCUCGCCUCUCCCGCGGCGCCCUUACCUGCAGGCCGACUUCUCCCCGUCGUCGCUGGACUCCCGGCCCUGCAGCAGCCCGUGCGAGCUCCCGGGGCCGGCAGGGAAGCUCUUCCCGGGGGGCACCCCGCCCCGGGCCCCGCGCCUUCCGCGCCGUCUGGCCUGGUGCUCCAUCGACUGGGAACAGGUGUGCCUGCAGCAGAGGCUGGGAGCCGGAGGCUUUGGCUCCGUGUACAAGGCCACCUACCACGGCGUGCCCGUGGCCAUAAAGCAGGUGAGCAAGUGCACCAAGAACCGGCUGGCCUCCCAGCGCAGCUUCUGGGCUGAGCUCAACAUCGCGCGGCUCCGCCACGCCAACAUCGUGCGCGUGGUGGCGGCCAGCACGCGCGCGCCCGCGGGCUUCGACAGUCUGGGCACCAUCAUCAUGGAGUUCGGGGGCGACGUCACUUUGCACCAGGUCAUAUACGGCGCCGGCGGCUGCGCCGAGGAGGACGAGCCUCACCGCGGUGCCGGAGAGCAGCUGACUUUGGCCAAGUGUCUGAAGUACUCCCUAGACGUUGUCAAUGGCCUGCUUUUCCUCCACUCCCAAAGCAUCGUGCACCUGGACCUGAAGCCGGCGAACAUUCUGAUCAGUGAGCAAGACGUCUGCAAAAUUGGGGACUUUGGCUGCUCAGAGAGGCUGGAAGACCUGCGGUGCCUCCCGACUCCCCAGCACCUGGGCGGCACGUACACCCACCGGGCCCCAGAGCUCCUGAAAGGAGAGCCCAUAACGCCCAAAGCGGACAUCUAUGCCUUCGCCAUCACUCUCUGGCAGAUGGCCACCGGGGAGGUGCCUUACUCGGGGGAGCGGCAGCACGUGCUCUAUGCGGUGGUGGCCUACAACCUUCGUCCGUCCCUCUCAGCCGCGGUCUUCACCGACUCCACGCCUGGGAAGAAGCUGGAGGGCAUGCUCCGGUGCUCCUGGGGGGCCAGCGCCGUGCGGCGGCCAAGUGCCAAACUUCUCCUGGGGGACCUUCGCUCCUUAAGGGCUGAACUGGGCUGACUCAAAACCUGUAUCCAGAUUAAGUCUUUGUCUUUGUUUCUGCUCAUUUUUUAAUGAAGUGAAGA